AAGUAAGUUGACCCCUGAUAGAAUGGGUAAAAGUGAGCGUGAAAUUAUCCAAGACUGGUUUCAAAAUAUUCUGAAAACCUGGGAAAAAACAAACGAACUAGAGGUUACCGAGUUUCGAUUCACAGCACUGCGCCGCCAAGAUUCUUCUUUCCUCAGGAAUGGCGGUGUUGGAAUGGUUAGUAUGAAGAAUAAACCCAGGAAUUCUUUAUCUGGGUUUAAAACAAGUCACCAGCGCCUUAACGGGGAGAAAAAUAGUAAAACCGGUUCAAUACAUAAACAUGACGUCAACGAUCAUUCAGCUAAACCUGGUCAGGAUCUGAAUAACGGGGAUCAACUACGCACAGGUCAUGAUCUGGAAGGUUUACAAAACGGGCAGGAUUUCAAGGAAAAGCAGGAUCAAGAAUUAAAAGUUUUGCAUGAAGCCAGGAAUGAGCAUGAAGCCAGGAAUGAGCAUGAAGCCAGAAAUGGACAUGAAGCCAGAAAUGGACAUGAAUUAAAGACAGACAAUAAGUUAGAAAAUGGACAUGAAGUGCCCAUUGGAAUUAUUAACAGGCAUGAAUGGAGAAAUGAUUUUUUAAACUGUCAUUUGGCUGGGUUUCAAGAGGAAGACGCCGCUCCUUCAAAGACGAUCGGAGAUUUUGGUAAAAUCGGCGAUAUUGGGGAGUUUAGCCGCUUCAGUGAAUUUGGGAGUCUCAGCGAAUUGAAACUGGAGGAAAAAGGGGAAAUAUCAACAAAUUCGGACACUGAGAGCGGAUCUUCAGGAUUGGAGAGAUUGGCAAUCUUGAAAGCCGCAGAUAUUAAAGCAACUGUGAAGGGAAAACCAAAGUUUUAUUCUGUAAUUAUUAAGGUGCUCCCGUCUGAUGAUUCUGAUCGAUACAUUGUCAACUAUAAAUUCAGCAGGCAGCUUCUAAAGUUUAGUAAAGAAGUUCAGGUCUACAUGAAGAUUAUCAAGUGUAUGUACAUAUUUGAUGAGAAGCGGUACAGCAGUGCUUGCAUUGAACCCCCGAUACCUAAACUAUACUUUGCCCAGUUAGAUGCUCUUAAUGAUUGUAUAGUCAUAGAAAACUUAGAACAGGAUGGGUUUGUAAAGUUUGGAGUAAAGUUCCCAGGUCAAAGAAUGCUUUCUGAUAUGGACCACUGCAGAGUUGUUCUCAGAUGUUUGGCCCACAUGCACGCGUACUCUUCCAUUAUUCAACGAGACUCAGAGGAACAGCUGAUAGAACUCUGGCCUUUUGCGGUGGAGGGGGCAAGCUUCAGAGACAUCUACCAGGAGAAAAUGGAACGAGUUAAAGAACAGAUCUAUGAGUACAUGAGUACACGACCUGAUAGUACAAUAUCAGUAGAAACAGAGGAGAAAGUUGAAAGUGCUAUACAGGAAUUGUUUUGGAAACUGGUAGAGUUGAGAGUGCCACCGGAAAACGAAAGGAUGACUGUUUUAAUUCAUGGCUGUGCUGAUUUAUCCAACCUUCACUUCUCUUACGACGAGUAUUCUGGAAGGCCAAAUCAGGCAAAACUGACGGAUUUAAGUACUGUUUCAGUUAGUAGCCCUGUUGUGGAUAUAGGGUACUUCCUGUACAGUAGUGUAGAUCCUACUCUCAUAUCAAGCAAUUAUGUUGCUCUUCUUCAGGCAUAUCACACUGCACAUUUAGAGGCGAUGAAAAGCUUUGGAAUGCAUGGAUACGAAAUAGAGUUUGAGACUUUAGUUUUAGAAUAUAAGAAGAGAAUAGACUACGGGGUUAUGUGGGCCUGUCUAGUCAAGCCAGCUUUAUAUAUCGUACAAAAGGUGUGUCCUAAAAACAAGCUUUCAUCCAAAGAACCCUUGACUCAGGAGGAAACUAGUUUAGAUUUACGGUUGGACAAAUCCCAGAUACCAUUAGACCUGAAACUGACCGCUAACCUGGCCAAGCUAAGCCAGGUCUGCUCCUGUCCUUGUUCCUAUACUGCUGCACAUAGUGUUACAAGAGAUAUUGUUACAGACAGUUUAGAGGAUUUGACCAACAAUGUAGCUGCUGUAAUCAACGGGAAAUCAAAGGGGUUCAAAGGAUUUGACUGUAAUAGAGGAACAAAAACUUCGAUGAAAAGGAUUUUACUGAACCUGGUGAAUGUAAAGGAUGAAGAGGAUCAGGAGGAUUAUCAGGACGGAAAGGACGGAAAGGACGGAAAGGACGGAAAGGACAGAAAGGACGGAAAGGACGGAAAGGAUGGAAAGGAGAGGAGAGAAAAAAAAGAAUCGAAAGAGAAAAAAGAUGGAAAGAACGGAAAAGAUUCAAAGAAUGGCAAAGAUGUUAAAAAUGGAAAAGAGGGAAAAAAGAAACUGGAAAAAGAUUCAGAAAUUUUAGAAAAGGCUUCCUGCCCUAGCGCCCCGGAGAAAGUGUAACUCCCCCCUCCCCCCAUUUCAAAAAAUAAAACUAAUCCACUCCCCUCACAAUAAAUUGAAACCAAUUGUU